AGAAAGGACCGACAAUGAAAGAGCUGCAGGCCCUUUGUUUGAUAUCGAGAGCAGCUAGACCUCAAGUCGAAGUGCCUAGGAUGCAGUCAUGCCAAUAUGUUCCAGUGUGCAUCUUGCAAGGCCGCAUGUCGGGUUGAUAGACAUACAAGCGGGUGGCGUUCGGCCCGUUUAUCCGAGUAACACUGCCAGUUUGAAUUCAAUUGCUCUGUGCACUACACACUAGGACUUGGGAUGCGGCAAGUUCUCUGUACAUACUCGGAUGGCGCAAGAACCGUGGAUAUGAACGAUGCUUUUCGGACAUCAUGAUUGGGGCGAAGAUGAUUAAGUUGCACUCACUACCCACGGAGGAAACUCUGCUUUGCUCCGAGAUAUAAAUCCACUGUGAUGUACUAGAAACCUUUGCUUCAUCAUUGUGCUUUCAACAUUCAAUCAUGCUUAUAUCUUCUUUGCUGGUGCUCUCUACCUUGUCUGUCAUUGCUAGCUGUCAAACACUGUCUUGUCAGUACGAUUGCGCCACUAGUGGUCAAUAUUCUCUUUGUCAGAACUUGUGGGGUGCCGAAAGCGGCGUUGGAAACCAGACGUCAACAUUGAUCAGUACAAGCGGAAAUAACAUUUCUUGGUCGACUACCUGGACCUGGCAGAACAACCCCAAUAAUGUCAAAAGCUAUGCGAAUGUCGAGUCGACGACGAGCAAGGGCAAGCAGUUGGCUAGUAUUACUGCUGCCCCCACUAUCUGGAAUUGGAACUACAUAACCGAAUCAAGCGGUAUUCGCGCUGAUGUCUCAUACGAUAUCUGGUUCGGAGCAGCAUCAAGCGGCGACCCGGCGUCUACUGCGUCUUCAUACGAAAUUAUGAUAUGGUUGUCAGGUCUCGGAGGCAUCCAACCCGUCGGUUCUCAAAUUACUACCAAUACAAUCGUCGCCGGACACUCCUGGAAUAUUUGGAAAGGACCUAAUACAAACUGGCAGGUUAUCUCCUUCGUGAGCCCCACGGAAAUCCACAAUUUCACCGUGGAUUUGAAAGAUUUCUUCGAUUAUCUUGUUGCUGAACAAGGAGUUCCUUCGACUCAAUAUGUCCAGGCAAUCCAAUCAGGGACUGAGCCGUUCACCGGUAGCGCCGAGCUAAUGACCACCAGUUAUUCCGUUUCACUUUCUUAAGUCGCGUGUUG